GGCACGUAUAAAUAGAUCGGAUGCCGGCGAACAAGCCACACUCGGUCGACGAGCUCAUCUAGUCACACACCAAUCAGUAACAUGGACGCGACACCGGUCUUUCAGUCCAGUUUCUCCAUUCGCUCGCUGCUGUCUGGGGACAAGAAAGUGGAGUCCCCGAUUCCUGAGGACGAGGGCAGGGUAUUGGGCUCAGCCGGCUCCAGUCCCAACAGCAGCUCGCCAUCCGGGAAGAGCAACGCCAAGCCGGCCUUCACCUACAGCGCACUCAUCGUAAUGGCCAUCUGGAGCAGCUCCGAGAAGCGGCUGACCCUGAGUGGGAUCUGCAAGUGGAUUGCGGACAACUUCCCCUACUACCGGAGCCGCAAGAGCGUCUGGCAGAACUCGAUCCGGCACAACCUGAGCCUCAACCCGUUCUUCGUCCGAGUGCCCCGCGCCCUCGAUGACCCCGGCCGGGGUCACUACUGGGCACUGGACCCCUACGCCGAGGACCUCUCCAUCGGGGAGACGACGGGACGCCUGCGCCGCAGCAACUGGCCCCAAAACCAGGCCGGAAGGGCCAAGGGAUCGGGACAUCAUCCUUACCAGCGGACGCCGCACUACGACCACGCCCACGCCCAACAUAUCAAGACCCACAACGCCUACUUAUCCAUGGUUGAGCAUCACCACCACGCAGUGAUGAUGCAGCACUACCACGCCGCUCUGCUACGUGGCCACCAGAUGAUGCAGCAUCCCCAGCAGCACCAUGCCCCACUCUACUACCAACAGAAGCAUCUCCAUCUCCGGGGGCAACCUGAGCCACUGCGGCAUCACACUCAUCACUUCCACCAAGAGUAACAUCAGCAGCAGACAAAGGAAUGCACUCGCAAUCGAUUUCAACUUGGCUUUGCCUCGAAAUUCCCCCGAUGAACACCAACUGUGAAGAUUCCUUCUUGGCGUAGAACGCGGCAAAUAUUGUUACUUGGAGGUGGGUCUUAUUGAUACA